AUGAACUCACAUGUGACACUCGUCGAGUCUCUACAAACGUGCGUGGUGAAGAUGGCGGCGCAGAAUUCGGUGCCGAGUGAUCUCUUUAAGCACGUUUAUUCAUUUCUAUUAGAAAACAAGUUCACAAAAGCUGCGCAGCAAUUUAUCAAACAGGCCAAAGUGAACCCGCUGGAGAACAAUGAUGAAAGUCUGGAAGACAUUUUCAACUUCUGGGUGAAGUCUCCUGAAGCUAAAAAGCGGAAAGCUCUCACCAGCGAUGCAGGAGGCCCGUCAGCCAAGAAGACCAAGACCUCCGCUGAGAGCUCGAGCAGCGAUGAGAGCAGCGAGGAGGAGGAGGCGGCCAAGGCUGCUCCUGCAGCCACUAAGACUGCUCCAGCGAAGACUCCUCCAGCUAAGGUGGCCACAGCAGCAAAGCCAGCAGAGUCCAGCAGCAGCGAGGACUCUGAAGACGAGCCUCCAGCUAAGAAACCUGCAGUGGUCAAGGCCCCAGCAAAGGCCCCAGCAAAGGCAGGGCUGGCAGUGGGAGGCAGGAAGAAAGAUUCCAGCUCCAGCAGUGAGGAGUCUGACUCUGAGAAGGAGCAGCCUGUUGCAGCAGCCAAAGGACCAGCCCCCACCCCCAAGGCCGCUCAGCAGCAGGAGAGCAGCAGUGAAGACAGCUCCAGCGAGGAAGAGACGCCUGCCAAGGCCCCAGCCAAGGCUGCGGUCAAAGCCCCCCCAGCCAAGGCUGCAGUCAAAGCCCCCCCAGCCAAGGCUGCAGCCAAGGCUGCCCCUGCAGAUGAGUCCAGCAGUGAAGACUCUUCCUCUGAGGAAGAUAAGGCUCCUCCCUGCAAAAAGCCCAAAGCUGGAACGUACAGCGCUGUCCCUCCCCCCGCCGCCAAGAAAGCCCCCAGCAAGGCCCCCGCCCCCAGCAAGGCCCAGGACAGCUCCUCAGAGAGCAGUAGCGAUGAGGAGGAAGUGAAGACUGCAGGUAAACCUGCCCCUGUGAAGACGCCCCCAGCCACACCUGUCGCCCCGAAACCUGCCGCCAAGAAGCCAGAGUCCAGCUCCGAUAGCUCAGACUCAAGUUCGGAUGAGGAGACCCCAGCUAAAGCGACCCCAGCUAAAGCGACCCCAGCUAAAGCGACCCCAGCUAAAGCGACCCCAGCUAAAGCGACCCCAGCUAAAGUUGCCCCACCGAAGGUGUCCAAGGCUGCUGCAGCAGAGGAGAGUUCUUCAUCUUCCAGCUCCGAGGAGGAAGAGGAGGCCAAGAAGCCGGCAGCGAAAUCUACCCCAGCUAAAGUUACCCCAGCUAAAGUUGCCCCACCGAAGGUGUCCAAGGCUGCCGCAGCAGAGGAGAGUUCUUCAUCUUCCAGCUCCGAUGAGGAGGAAGAGGAGGCCAAGAAGCCGGCAGCGAAAUCUACCCCAGCUAAAGUUACCCCAGCUAAAGUUGCCCCACCGAAGGUGUCCAAGGCUGCCGCAGCAGAGGAGAGUUCUUCAUCUUCCAGCUCCGAUGAGGAGGAAGAGGAGGCCAAGAAGCCGGCAGCGAAAUCUACCCCAGCUAAAGUUACCCCAGCUAAAGUUGCCCCACCGAAGGUGACUUCUGCUAAGGCUGCCGCAGCAGAGGAAAGUUCUUCGUCAUCCAGCUCCGAGGAGGAAGAGGAGGCCAAGAAGCCGGCAGCGAAAUCUACCCCAGCUAAAGUUGCCCCACCGAAGGUGACUUCUGCUAAGGCUGCCACAGCAGAGGAGAGUUCUUCAUCUUCCAGCUCCGAGGAUGAAGAGGAGGCCAAGAAGCCGGCAGCUAAAGCAACGCCAGCCAAGACCCCUCCUGCAAAGAAGGCAGAGUCCUCAAGCUCGGACUCUGACAGCAGCUCAGAGGACGAGGCCCCCGUUAAACCGGUCACCCCCACGCCCACCCCGGCGGCCACCCCCAGACCCACCCUGGCCAAGGCUGCUGCAGCGAGAAGCUCCGAAUCUGACGACUCGUCUGAUGAGGAAGAGCAGCCAGCCAAGACCAAGGCUCCCGCCCCCACCACCUCCAAGCCAGCCUCCAAACCAGCCUCCAAGCCAGCCACCCCUGUGAGCAAACCUGCGGCAGCAGAGGAGAGCAGCUCUGACUCCUCCUCCGAGGAAGAGGAGGAGCCUAUGAAGCCCAAGACCGUUGUGGCCAAGCCAGCCUCUAAACCAGCCAAGCCAGCCUCUAAACCAGCCGCCAAGAGCCCCGCCCCCACCAGCAAGGCAGCUCCUGAGUCCAGCAGCGAGUCUGACAGCUCCAGCGACGAAGAGCAGAAAACCACUGCAGCUCCCCCCCCCAAACCGACCCCUGCCCCCACCAAGACCCCUGUCAAGACGGCAGACAGCUCCUCCUCUGACGAUUCCUCCGACUCGGAGACGGAAGCCCCUCCCGCAAAGCCUGCUCUGACCAACGGGAAGGCAGCAACGCCCAAAGCCGCCGCCAAGGCUGCCGCCAAGCCUGCAGAGUCGUCCUCCAGCGACGACAGCUCCUCGGAGGAAGAGGAGGCCCCCAGUAAAACAGUUAAAGCUGCCCCCACCUCCAAGACGACUCCUGCCCCCCCUCCCAAAGCCAAGGAGGACAGCAGCAGCUCAUCGGAGGAGGAGGUGGCUAAGGGUAAAACCACCCCAGCAGCAGUGACGCCAACCACAAACGGAACAAAAGUCAAGAGAAAAAAGGACGAAGACUCUUCUGACAGCGAGGAGGAGGAGGCAGAAGUGACGACUCCAAAGAGCAAGAAAAAUAAAGUCCCUAAGACGCCACAGACCUUUCCCAAAGUCAAGCCAAAGACUGCCAAUGUACCUUUCCGUAGAAUAAGAGAGGAGGAUGUUGAGGUGGAUCACCGUCUGGCAGACAACUCGUUUGACGCCAAGAUGGGCGCUAACGGCGACUGGGGCCAGAAGGCCAACGAUGUCUUGCGGUUCACCAAGGGCAAGUCCUUCCGCCACGAGAAGACCAAGAAGAAGCGUGGCAGCUACCGAGGGGGCGCCAUCUCCACCACCAUCAACUCCAUCAAGUUUGACAGUGACUGAAGUUCUCACCAACCCUCCCUGGCCCCCUGGCCCCCUGGUCUACCAGGGAUGUCCCCCAAGCCCUGACACCUCCAUCUCUUCCUCCACCCACUGAUAACUUGCUCCCCACCCCACAUCUCCCAGCAGCAGCAUCCUGACUGAGGCACUGAACUCUUGUGCUGAGCUAACAGCAAGCUAGCUUAACGGCUACAUGUAGUCAACCAAGCUACUAGCCAUCUUAGCUAAUGGCUAGCUUGUGGCUACAUUUAGCAGAGCUGGCUAGUCUUGAUUGAUAUCUAUGCUGCUGUCCUGACUAGUGGUGUGACAGAGAUGUUACAGGGGAGGUGUCUGCUCCUCUGUGCCUAACUAUGAACGCAUCAACAAGGGUAACGUCUUGUAAGGGUAAUGUCCUUCGAGGGGUAAUGUCUUGAAGUCCUUAUGACUGUAGUUAUGUCGUAUGGCCACCAGGUGGCUCUUGGUGUCACCUUUACCUUAUUGUUUGCUGUUAAAUUCUGCAUCCAUUUCUCAUGGCCCUUUCUGCAUUGGUUUGUUAGUUUAACAUGCGCUUUAUCAUGAGUGUUUUUCAUUAGCAAUUACAAAUGAAUUGUUGCAUUUUAUUUGUUUAUCAACCUUUUGCAUCUUCAGCCUCUCGAAGGGAUGGUUUGAUUUUCUUGUGAAUGACAGAUUUGAAAGGCUUUGUGUUUUAUAUAGAGUGUGGCUGGUCCGGUUGAUAUUCAUAUAACCCCGAAGACUAACCAGCCACGCUAGUGUUUCCCUUUAGUAUAAAUAAGGUGUCAGCGUCUCUGUUUUUACAUUACUAAUCUCCUGGUUCUCAUUCCGAUAGUUUAUGGAAAUAUUGAAGUAGUGUUCCAUGCCCUCCGGAUGCUCGUACCACCUUGUAUGUCAGACCGCAGGUGUGACGCCCCUCCUCCCUGCUGCAGAGGGACCGCCCCCUGGUGGUCCCCAGCGUCCGUGCGAGGGGACCGAGUCCGUCCGUCCCCCCAGGCCGUCAUCACACCCACCUCUGGAUCUUUACAUGUAGUCAGUUUUAACUUACUGUUUCAUCUCAACUGUACCCCUGUGGACUAUGGUUUCAGUUGUUUUUCUUACUGAGUCUGAACGGAAUAAAGCCUUGACCGAU